GGUUAUUGCUAUGAAAAACUGUGCUAUUGCUUCCAUAGUUAUAAUAAUUGUUUAUACCAUGUGUUAGCAGGUUGCUUCAGUAAAGUGUACUGAAAAUACGAAACUAUUGCGUAAAGUUUGAUUUAAGAGAUUCCCAAAGAGAAUAAUUGAGUGAAUAUCAUGUAUUCAUGGUUUUACUGUUAAACGGUGUUUUUGUUAUAAUGUAAACAAACACCGAUAGCGGAGCAUCACAGGUUAUCUGAGCUAUAGAGAUAAAAAUCACUUGAAUAAAAUAAAAAUAUCAUUCAACGUUCUACUUUCUACAACAAUGAACGACUUACGUGUUGGAAUAAUCACUGUGAGCGAUCGAUGUUCAUCAGGUGAAGCAGAAGAUAAAAGCGGUCAAAAACUUAGAAACUUAGUAACGAAAUUUUUUGAUGCUUCGAUAACAAGUGCAUUGAUUCCUGAUGAAAUGGACAGAAUUGAGGCUGAAUUGCUUCGCAUGGCUGAUCAAUUAUCACUUCAACUGAUUUUGACAACUGGUGGAACUGGUUUUAGCCCACGAGAUGUUACACCCGAGGCAACACGAAAUGUAAUUCAAAAAGAAGCGAAUCAACUGUCGCUGGCUAUGUCGUUAUGCAGCUUUCAAAAAACACAAUUUGCGGCUCUAUCACGCGCUGUUUGUGGCAUACGCAAUAAAACGUUGAUUUGUAAUAUGCCGGGCAGCCCAAAAGCUGUUGAAGAGUGUUUUAUGGCAAUUGUUGAUGUUUUACCUCAUGCGAUUGACCUGAUUAAUGGCCAUCAAGACAAUGUACGAAAAUCACAUGGAGAAUCUCAAGCAGAACAAAUUGGUCAAAAUACUUCAGUAAAUAAACAUAUUUGUCCACACAAAACAGGCACCGGUGGAGAUGAUGACCGAAAUUCACCAUUUCCAAUGAUCCCUGUCGAAGAUGCUCUUUUGAAAAUAUUUAAUGCAAUUAAAAAUGUCGAAUUUUCACAUCAAUAUUUUAAGAGCCCUAUUAAUAUUCCGGAAUUUAGAGCAUCAAUCAAAGAUGGAUACGCUGUUAAAGCGAAUGGCUCAUGUAAAGGGGUAAAAAAAGUGAUCGGCUACAUUAGUGCUGGCGAAGAUGUUAUACGCCAAGAUUUUGAUAGCGAUAGCUGUUUUAAAAUCAACACUGGUGCUGCUGUACCAGAUUUUGCCAAUGCAAUCGUACAAGUGGAGGAUACAAAGUUGAUAAAGGCAGAAAAUGAAAUUGAACAAAUUGUUGAUAUUUUAUUGGAACCAACGACCGGAUUAGACAUACGGCCAGUCGGUAGUGAUCUUGCGAAAGGAGACCUACUUUUUAAAGGACGAAAUGAUUUUCCCGAUAUUGUUGUGUAUAAAUCCCUUUUGGCUAGCGUUGGUGUGGCUGCCGUCGACUUGAGUGAAGUGCAUAUCUGCAUUUUAUCGACUGGAGAUGAACUGACCGAGCCCGGUCAACCGCUAAAACCAGGAAAAAUCUACGAUUCCAAUACAACAAUGCUACGUACACUACUCGAAUUGAAUGGUUUUAAAAAAAUUAGCACAUUGACAUUGAGUGAUACGUUUAAUGCCAUGCACGAAGCGAUCAAAACUCAGGCUGAGAACAAUACAUUCAUAAUUUGUUCUGGCAGUGUGUCAAUGGGAGACAAGGACUUUCUAAAACCAGUUCUGAAGGAAUUAGGCUUCAAAAUUUAUUUUGGUCGAGUCAACAUGAAACCAGGAAAGCCAAUGACGUUUGCUGCACGUGAAACAACAAAUACACAUUCAUAUUUGUUUGGAUUACCAGGCAAUCCGGUAUCGGCUUUUGCAACAUUUCAUUUGUUUGUUUUACCAGCACUCCGAAAAUAUUGUGGCUACAGCGAACAUAAGCUAUCAUUACCAAUCAUCUAUGCUGAACUGUUAAAUACACAAGUCGAAUUGGAUCCACGUCCCGAAUAUGCCCGUGCUCAGAUUUCAUUUUCAUGUCGACAGGGGAAAUUUUUUGCCGAAAUCACAGACAAUCAAAUCAGCAGCCGAUUAACAAGCAUCACAGAUGCAGACGUACUUUUACAUUUGCCACCGAGAACAAAAUCACAAGAGUUUGUUGUAAAAGGAACACAGCUAAAAGCGUCCGUAUUAAAGCAUCAUUUCAUUUCAAAAUAUUUAGAUUAGUUGAAAUAAAUAUUUUUCAAUAAAAAACUGAAAUGUCCACAUAAA